CAACCAAUCAAAUGUAACCACAUUUUUAAGCUGAGGUCUGCUCUUUCUCAUCGCUCAGUUCUUGAGACCUCUGAGAUGAUGCACCUGUAUAUGAUCCUCUGUGGAGUAUUAGUUCGUCUGUCUGCAGUGAUUCAGUCGGCAGCAGUCAAACAGGACACUGGGGUUAUAUCCGCCACUGUUGGGGACAAUGUGACUUUACAUUGCUUCUAUGACAGCCAAGUGGCGAUGCACUUCUCCUGGUACCAACAAACCUUAGGAGGUGGACCUGAGCUUGUGUCAAGUAUUUACAAAUAUGAUAAAUUAUCCAAAGUCUUCCACUGGAUGGAGAAGAACCCUCGUUUCUCUGUGCAAAGGAAGGAAGGGAUGAAUCAUCUACACAUCUCUGACGUCCACCUCUCCGAUUCAGCUACAUACUUCUGUGGAAGCUCACACUCCAACAUAGUGGAAUUUGGAGAGGGAGUCUUUCUAAGUGUCAAAGAAGCCAACCUCAAGAAAAUAGUCCAGGGGCCAGCAUCUGAGACCAUCCAGCCAGGAGGCUCUGUGACUUUCAACUGUACAGUAAACACUGGGACCUGUGAUGAAGGACACAGUGUUUACUGGUUCAGACAUGGAUUCCGCCAAGCAGUGCUUAUUACACUCGGAGAUGGGUGUAAACCCGUCUCUACACCAGGGCCUCCUGCACAGAACUGUGUCUACCAUCUGCAAAAGACGAACCUGAGCUCCUCUGAUGCUGGAACCUACUACUGUGCUGUUGCCUCCUGUGGGGAGAUACUGUUCGGUAAUGGAAGCAAGCUGCUCAUCGAAGAUGAUGUUGAAGACCAAAUGGCACAGAUGAGAAUCUUAAUCUGGCUCGCCAUAGUUAGAACUGGGCUUCUCUUGUCCUUUAUAACUAUUUGUCUCUUGUUUUACAACAAUAAGUGCUGGUGAAGUCCUUAAUGCAGAGUUUGGCUCUCUUGUUCACUUAGUUAAGAAUAUAUUUUACAGUUAAAUGAUAUGUUAUCACAAAUGACACAGAAUGAAUACCAAUGUUAGACAUAAUUUUGUUGUUUGGCUGUAUUACACUUUUCUUCAUUAAAGCAACUUUGACAAAGCUGUUGUCUCCUCGCACAGUGUCAUUAUUUAGUAAUAGGAUUCAUAACAUCUGUUAUUAUUGCUCACAAGCUGUGUGCGGUUAAACACAAAGAAACACACUGUGUUGUGGAGCAUCAAUUAACUUCUGCUUCUAAAUAUAUAGCUAGAUCACAAAAAUAGGUUCCUGUGAUCCUCUGAAAGUCGUGCGACAAAUUGAAGACAUCCUGCUUGAAACCACCUACAAACAACCAAACCAAACUUACUUACAAAAGUAUAGAAAGUUCUCUUCUUUUACGGACGACCACAAGAUUGCUUUAAAAAGACUGUUACACCGAGACUGAAAGGUGUCUGAAAGGCCUGUUUUAUGUGACAGGUGUGAAAAAAAAGCACAGAAACACUUUACUGUACUAUACAAAUAUCUUUUUUAUGGUAAUAAAGAUGAUUAAGUAUUCUUAAGAGGCAGAUCCCAGAUAAUAAGAAACUAAUCAUUAAAUGUUGCCUCAUUAGCAUAGUAACAAUAUCAUUCAAGAUUGGGUUUUUGGAUAUUAAUUAAUGUUCUCUCCUUGCAAGGAAGGAGAGAACCAUGACGUGUUACAUU